AUGGGGUCCGAGCCAGCGCAGCAGCCCCCUCCUGGCACCCCGGAGGGGGUGGCCCCUGGUGGGCCCCCCGCCAGGCAGCCCUCUAGUACCGUUACUGAUUACCGGCUGCAGCAGACCCAGGCUGAAGUGCAGGAGGUGGUUGGCAUAGUAUGUGAAAAUGUAGACAGAGUGAUCAAACGAGAUGAGAGACUCUCAGAGCUAGAUGACCGGGCUGAUGCGCUUAAGGCUGGUGCUUUGUUGUUUGAAAGCAAUGCAGCUCAGCUCAAAAGGAAGUACUGGUGGAAGAAUUGCAAGAUGAUGAUCAUGAUGGGAGUGAUCUGUGCCAUUGUGGUGGUGGUGAUUGUAAGUAAGUAUCAAAAAAAGGGAAGGAGCCCUAACUCUAGGAUACUAUAA